GUUACUUUAGACCCUAUUCACUCUAUUCACUCCAGGCAAAUCAGCAAACACGGAAUGAGUCGCUUCUAGGUCACCUUCAAUCAAUCCGACAACGAGAGACCUUUCCCGGCCUAUUCACAGAACACCCCCGGAAGUGUUCGCUCUCAUAUUCAUUCUUGUGGUGGAGAACAACUGCUUCGGAUGGCACAACCAUGGUUCUCGCCAAUAUUCGGCCUUUAUUUUGGCGAUGAUAUGCUCGAAUUGGCGGACGACCGCUCUCAAUACGCCAGAAAUCUGGGCGCGGAUUCGGAUUCGGGAAGAUUUCUCGCUCGAAAGAUACAAUCCAGCACGGGAACUAAGAGGUUUGAAACUCUGUGUCGAACGCGCCAGCUGGUGUCCUCUAUCUGUGGAGCUCACUUUGGAUCAAACGGCACUCAGUACGAGGGACUGGGAUUUAACGUGGGAGCAUACCACGUUGUUCGAGUUUUUGACGGAACAUUCGGUUUGGAGCAGCCUGGUCAUUCAUAUAAGAGGAUUUCGACCGGAAGUUCAUAGGACUAUCUUCGAAAUGCUAAAGGGUAAUCUACGAUCUCUUGUACGGCUCGGGGUUCAUUUAAUCGAAACGGAAGACAUGGAGAUAUUGCGGACUUGGAAGGGAACUAAUGCAUUCCCAAAUCUUCGAGCCCUCGAGCUUUCUCAUGCUCAUGCUCAGAAUCCGGAAGAAAGGUUAAUCUAUUAUGAUCCCUCAGCAAGGGCCUUCACGACAAUCGAUACAUCCAUUUUUCCGUAUCAACGACUCACUCACAUCUCCCUCGACCUCUUUAGAAGAGUUGAGGAUGCGCUGCAGGUUCUACAACUUUGUAAGAGCCUUCAAUCUGUACAUAUCCACUGCUCCUUUUACUUCCAAGAAUCUUCGGCCCCACUCGCUCUUUCUCAAAACUCACCCAUCUCUCUUCCUUACCUGGAUACGCUAGCGAUCUACGCGUAUCCAAAGUGGAGAGAUCGGCGACGUGGCAUGCUUAGCCUUCCUUAUCUAGUAGGCUCCCUCACAGUUCCGUCACUCAAAUCCCUCUCGUUAUCGUGGGACAUCGACAUUUCCGAUGAGGAAGAACCUCUGAUCUGUGCAGCGAUAAACGACCUCUUUAUUCGAUCUGGGGUAUCGACGAGUCUACGAAAGCUGGGCCUUUCCAUCAGUGGUAUCUCUACGUCUGCUCCAACAGUAUGGGGGGAUCUUCUGGAGGAAAUGACCGGUUUGGAGGAGCUUCACAUCAAGUUAACCGAACAUGAUGUGGCCACUAAAGCCAACACGUCCGAGUCUGUGUUCUUACAACAGCUAUUACAGGAAACCGAACCUGGCAGCGACGCUCCUCCGAUGCCGUACUUCCUUCCGGAUCUCAAAUACCUCCAGAUCCGUUAUGUUCGGUGGACUCUGAGAGAUCGUCAUCGAACGUCGUGGCCAGGGUGUAUCAACGUUCUGCAAGGCAUUCUUGACGAAGGGCGUAGUUCUCACCUAGUGGCCUGGUUGACAGAGUUCGAGUCGAUGGUAGACUGGCGUAAUACCCGUGGGCUGAAAUCGGUAUUGCUGGAAAUUGAAGGGAACGGACUUGAUACGGAUUUAGAGAGGAGUGGGUGUUUGGAACGGUUAAAGCGGAUGCAAGAAGAUCCGACGGCGAGGUUGGCUAUGCGGGUUUCGAUGGUAUGAUGAUACACGUCGGAAUACCAGGGUUAUAGACGUAGCGGCCCGCUCAUUCUCAUUUUCUACGCUAUUUGAUAGUGGGUGUCAUAAUGGCUCCGAGUCACUAAUAUCGUCGGUCUUUUUCUUACUCUUCGGAGUCGACGUAAAUAGUAAGUAGUUUGUCCGGGAUGAACCAGCUCAUUCGUGCCCAGCUGCCCGCCGAAUUUUACUAUACGUGUCGACUACAUGUCUUCAAGGCUGACAUGCCACUCAAGUACACUGGUCCGGCCUCACUAGUUUUCGUCGCCGUGGAGAAGAACUUGGACCGGAAAUUCGACACGCU